AUGUCGGAAGAAAUCAACAAAUUAGUAACUUGGGCUAAACUGAAAGGUGCUGUGAUCUCCAAUAAUGUUGGGUUUGGAUAUUUGGAGGCAGGUUACAUAGGUGCCGUAUACAAUGACAGCGAUGGCAUCGAUAAUGGAACUCCAACGAUGAAGAUACCAUUCGAAGCUCUUAUUACCAUUGAUAAGGCUAUAGAGUAUUUUGGAGACUGGGCUAGACCAGUGCACUCCAAGACUAGCAAUGUCAAUGCUAUACUUAAGUUAUACUUGAGUAAACUUCGCAGUGAACCUCAGAAUGAGUUCAAGGCAUUCGUUGACUUGUUGCCCAAAUCAGAGCAAAUUGGAACUCCCUAUUGUUGGGAUGGCGAACAUAAGGCGCUUUUAAAGGGAACAAAUUUGGGUAAUUCAUUAAAAGAUAACAUCACUGUUUUAAUUGAAGAAUGGUGGCAAGUAAUUAACAUGAUACCUGAAUCGGUUGCUAAACCCGAAGAACAUUUUAUUAACAUGAAAUUUUACUAUGAAUACAAAUUCUAUACGGAUGAUGAUAUUUACAAGUAUUUUGCUGUUGAUGUUGAUACUAAAAAUUGGACGAGUUUCCCCAAUUAUUUGUGGGCAUCACUUAUAUUGAAAUCCAGAUCCUUCCCCUAUUACUUGUUUGCCAAGCAUGUGAGUCGGAAAGUAGCACCAGAUGAAGCAGUGCUUAUCCCCGUUAUUGAUUUGACCAACCAUAACCCUAAGGCCAAGGUGACUUGGCUAGUUGAUGAAACCGAUGGCAGUUUUACAUUACAAUGCGAGAACCCUGAACGAGUUCAAGGGUGUGAAUUAUACAAUAAUUAUGGGAUGAAAGGUAACGAGGAGCUUCUUCUUGCUUAUGGAUUCUGCCUAGAAGAUAAUACUGCAGACUCUGCUGCGUUGAAGAUCAAAGUGCCAAUGGAACUUUUGUCUGAAUUGGAGCUGCAGGGAGUUAAGUUACCUACGAUGAAUGAUUAUACUACAGCUGUUCAUAGAAGUGAAAAUGUUGAAGACAAUGAUGAAAAGGCUGUUAAUAAAUACUCCCAAUACCAAGAUGGACUUCUUUUUUUCAUUACAAAGACUCACAUUCCUGAUAGUUUGAUCUUAUUAUUUCAAUUGUUGAUGAAGAAUAAGUAUGAGACCAAGCUUAGUUUGAGAAUGAGAUUAAGUGGUUUAAACCAAUUGAGACAAGCCAUUGAAAGUAAACUAGUUAUUCUUGAGAAUGUCGCAUUACCAACAGAUAAAAACAAGAAUGACAUUCAAUUGAAGAACAUAGGGAUCUACUUGAAGUCUCAAAAGAGUAUUAUGUCGUCUGCCAUUAAGAACAUCAAGAGACAAGAGAAGACACUUUUAGCAGAACACAAAAGCCAAUUGAUAAGUUUGAAGAGCGUAUGGAAGAAAGAUCUUCCGUUCCAACGUUCGUUACUCUUAGCACUUGGAGUUACCAGUUUUGAACAAAUGGUAGAAGCUCAGUUCCAGGAUCAAUGCUGGCUAUUAUGGUUAAUCCGAUGCUACAAUAGAAAGGAAUACGAUUUAACUGAAGAUGAAGUCUUUUUACCUGAAUGGAUUCACGAUUACUUUGUCAGGGUCGUGUCCGAGACCACUAUUCAGCCAUCGGAAGUGAUUCAGUAUAAGGAACUCUACCAAGGGUUAAUACCAGAAUUAAACCGGAUGGUUCCUGAUGUAUACAAUGUUGGCAGAUGGACAGUUGACGAGCUUAUCAUUAGUGCCAAAGUAUUGGACUUGAUAAGUUUCACAAGAGGAAAAGAACAAGAGUGUAUAUUAGUUGCACCAACACAGUAA